AGGCAGAGGCCAGUGUGGCAGGCAGUGGUGGGGAGAGCGUUGAAGCACAGAGACGUGCCCGGGGUGGAUAAACCAUGUUCACUAAGCGGGAGAAAGACUCUGCCCAGGACACAAGAUGAAGGUGGAGAGGAAGUCCUCCUCUACAGGCGGCAGUUUCAGAGGCAUUCCUCCACUACUGACACUUUCUGGCCUCUUCCUCCUCAUCAUCUUCACAGGUGAGACUUUGGGAGUGAAUGUAACGAGCCAGACCCAGAUGGUGAGGGGCACGGUGGGCAGAGAGGCCCUCCUGUCGGUCAGCUACACGAGCAGCAGCUCAGCCAAGCCCGUCAUCAAGUGGCAGCUGAAGAGGGACAAAGUGAAACCUGUCACUGUUGUACAGUCAAUAGGAACAGAUGUUAUAGGAAACCUGAGGCCUGAGUACAGAAACCGCAUCCAGGUGUUUGACAAUGGCUCCCUGCUGCUUCACAACCUGCAGCUGUCAGAUGAAGGAGCGUACGAAGUCGAGAUCUCCAUCACGGAUGAGACGUUCACUGGAGAGCACUACAUUGAGCUCACUGUGGACGUUCCUGUGUCCAAACCUUACAUCCAGAUGAUGGCCUCCUCGGUCCUGGAGUACAGCGAGUACUUCAACCUCCACUGUUCCCACGAUAACGGCACAAAGCCCGUCUACAGCUGGCUGAAAGGAGGGAAAGUGCUGACCAAUGACUCACGCUUGCUGCUCUCACAUGACCAAAAGGUGCUGACCAUUUCACGCGUUGUGAUGUCAGAUGAUGACAUAUAUGCCUGCACUGUGGAGAACCCCAUCAGCAGCACGAAGAGCACACCUGUUCAUCUGACAGUCUACAGAAGGAGCUCGUUAUACAUCAUCCUGUCCACUGGGGGCAUUUUCCUUCUGAUCACCCUGGUGACAGUUUGUGCUUGUUGGAAACCAUCCAAAAAGAAGCACCGACCUGUCCCCCAGAGAGCUCCUGUUUAUGUGGAGCAAAGUGAAAAUGGCCAUGACAUUGAUGUUGUGCCCAAACCAACAACACUUGGCCGAAGGAGUCCGAUGCCUCUUUAUGUUCUCAAUGAAGAUGAGACUCUGGAGCGUCUGGAGGAAUGUUCUGGCAACGCUGCCAGCCAAUCAGAAAUUAUUGUCCCGUCCACUUAUGUUCCUGUCUUCCCGCCUACCUCCAACAGAACUGAGCGACCAAUCUGGUCUGCCCCUCGCAGGUACCCCCGCAGCCCCUCUCCACUGGCACAGCCUCUCCCACAGUCACUCCCUGCUUCUCCUCUACGCCCCAUUUCUUCCCCUGCUCGCUCUCCUGCUCACUCCCCAGGAUCGUCUCCACGCAGUUUCAGCCCCAUAAGAAAAGUCUGUCCUCCAGUGGGCAUCCCACCCAGCCGUCUGCCUGUGGAAGUCGAGGGUCCAGAUGCCAGUGAGCAGACCCCUUCACAGCACUGACAGCCGCCUGGAGGCUAGUUUUUACCCUGUGAUAUGUGAAAUAUUGUACGUGGGUAGUUCAUCACUGUUCAGUUGCACACCGCCAUCAGAAUAAUGACUUUCAUUCAUGCCACAGAACAUCAGUAGUUCUCAUCUUCCUUAUGACUAUGCACAUAGAUUUCCCUGAUCUUUUGAUGAGCCAAUCACAUGAAAGGUCCCGUCCACCAGCAUGUAGGAAAUCACAGAAAUGAAGGCACUG